GGAUCGACGUCGUGGCGGAAAUAGCGUUGAAAACUUGCAAAGAUGAGUCGGUGCAGGAUUUGGGUGCGAUUGCUUUGCUUUCGAGGGCGGGAAGUUACUUGAUGAGCGGGCUUGUUCAAGAAGGCCAAGCUGGUGCGCAAGAACAACGACAUCAAAGUCUUCUAGGUGGAACUAGUGAAAGCGAAGAGAUGAACCACGAUAAGCAAAGUAAAUCUAAGUCCUACCAAGACCCCGGAGAAGAGGGUACCACCACCGCAGAAUUUGACUACUACAUCGUGCCCGCGACGGACGACGCGGUGGUGACCACGGAAGGUCUCGAAACCGCGGUGAAAGCUGGGUCGGAGGCUGGUGAUAUCAAAUGCAAAAAUGUCUGGGUCUGGAAGAUUCCGAGACUUGCCAUGCUAGUCUGGUAUGACUCUGAGAUCUGUAUUGCGUGGCCGCGAAGAGCUCCUCUUGCCUGUCAUGCAAAAAUGCAGUUUCUCAUGCGGCGUACGCAACUCAGAACCACGGAAAAACUUGGCAUGCUGUGCUGCGCAUUUCAGUGUGCUCACUAUACUCUUUCUUGCAUCACAAAUUUCCGGACCCAGACGUAUCUGCAUUUGAUAGGUGAGGGCUUGCAGCAACUCGGCGUGUUGUCCGGAGAACAGCUCGGGUCGGAAUUGGUGUUGAAACCGCCGUAUCCUGUGCAAAAGUAUCGUACUAGUAGUAAUCGCAGUCAUGCGUUACAAAUUCUCUUCUUUAGGUAAACCAGCAUUAGAAAUUUUAUUUCUCACGGUGAGAAAAUUUGUAAUGCGAUUUAUACUAGUACGACUACGAUGCUUUUGCACAGGAUACGCCUCGAGAUCCUGCGGAAGAGGAGGAAAAGGAUUGGACCAAUCAUCUUGGCAGAAAGUUGUCCUGCAAGAAAGCUCUGCGAGAGGCCCGGAAGAACACGCCGAUAAAAGACAUGAGCAAAGUUGUUACUGUGCCGCAAAAACCCCCGACGGGAGGAGGUGAGCUGCAAACAGCGCCGUUUUUGAC